AUGUCGCUGCAUUCGAUGAUUGGUUUGAGCUUUGAAGAAUGUGUGGUGACACAGAUGUUGCCGUUCAUGGCUUACGUCGUGCUAAGUAGAAAGUUCGUGUUCACAUCAUCGGCGCUUCCCAUCACCAUAUUUGUACUUCGUACGUUCUUGGACGUCAGCGUGAAACGUCUCCUACAGAUGGGCCAUGCAGCAAUAUCCGAUUCGUCACAUGCUGAAUGUUUCACAUGCCCCAUCGAGCAAGGUCUCGUUAUCGAUUUGAUGAGAACACCUCCUAUACCAACACGGUCCCAGUUAAGAGCACGUCUCGGCUUCCCAACCGGGAUACGUGGUCAAGUGAUACUCGUCGGUGCUACAAUUCAAUACCCGCACCCCUUAGCACCAAUGAUGUCAAUGAGACGAUGCGGUUCUGGAAAACCGUGUUCUCAACGUCAUCAAAAAGGAGAGCCUCUCCCAUUGUGGAAAACAAACACCCAGUUUAGUGACAGUAGCCUUGUGAGAGUCAUCGAGGCCAUCGGAAACAUGCCUCACGAAGCGUCGGCAAUCUACAUGGUGAUGCAGCAAUGCGCUCCCCUGGACGCAGUCAUGGAUGCCAAGCAGUUACAAAGUAGCAUGUAUUAG